GUAGACGCGAUUAUGUUUCGUGUCUGGAGAACCCAUUCAGUGCUUCUCACGGCACGAGGGCACAUGGUACGGUCGCGAUCGUCGCAGUCGUCUCCGCGAGUGGCACGCACAUGGUGGUGCACCAAAGUGGAGCGAAGAUAAGCCCGCCGAGGAAGUCGAGGAAGGAUACAGUGAGAGAAGAUAAAGGCAGACAAGUGAGAGAGCAAUCUCAAAUUAUAUGAACGACGAUAGAGAAUAUAUAGGGAUGAAUUUCUCUCUCUUCUUUUUUUAAUAUAUUAGAUAUCGUAAAAGACGUCGAAGAUAUUUUGCAGAUAUAUCACACAGAUACACGUAAAAAAUAUAUUCUUGAAUAUGUAAAGUAACAAACGUAAUGACGUAUAUAGAAAUAAUAACAUUCAUGAAAAUAAAAAUAUUUAUAGAAGCGUGUAAUUGAAUAAAUAAUAAUAAAACAAAAAAGGAAUAAAGUAAAAUACUUAGAAGACUAGAGAGAGAUUUUAUUUAACUUGUUUUCUCUUUUGUAUUUUCGGCUUUUUAAAAUAUCGCGCGAAAAAGGGCGUUGGGGUAGGUCAGAAGACACUGAGGGCGCAACGUGGAAGAAACAGACAGAGAGAGAGAGAGAGAGAGAAAGGGAAAGACACUAUUAUGUAGCGAACAUAGCGACGGUUGCUGCUGACCUGCACAGGUACGCACUUUCGGAAGUGAUUCGGCGCGUGUCCGGCAGCGUGAUGUGAAAAGUUUGGUUCCGUGCCAAUUAGUGAUAGUGCGACGCCGUGAACGCGUUCUUGUCGAUAAAAUUUCCACGAGUUUCAUGCUGAACAGUGCUGAUUCGCGCUCUCUUCGCGUCGACACAUCAGCGUGGAUUCUUAAGUAGUGCUACUACGUCGUGAAGGUAUGCAGGUACCUGGGAAGACGAGAGUUAGAACAGCAGAAUGACCCGAAGGUUGAGUUGAAAAUUCGCUGACUUUCGACCUCAGGAUCGCGCUGUGAAACGGCAACUCGACUGUCACGAAGGCCUCAACGAGAGACCGGGCGCGACCGCAAGUCGGACUUUCCCGUUAUUGGAUCACUGCGGGCGGGAGGGAAGAAGCGGCAAUUUGUCCGUCCGUUGGCGCGGGAUUUUGCGAAUCUCUCACGGUUCCUCGAGAUAAACAGACCAGGUGGUCGACGACUAUGAUACUCUUCCUUACUUUAUUGACGAAAACAACCGAUUAAAAAGAUAGACAGCGAAAGAUGGUGUAUCGAGGCAGUUUGCAGACGGACGAUCCCAGAGAUGCGCCGAAGCUGGUCAGGAUGUCUCCGCUCCGCAGCAGCAGGCCCAUCAAUCCCGGACCGAAUUCGCGAGCCACCUGUUCCGUAAAAGGCCCUCUCGGUCACAGUUCGUUCGCGACGUCGAUCGACGCGAAUCGCGCGCGGCUGAUCGAGGAGAGGCGUUUGGGCCGCGAAAGGGACAUCGAGUCGGUCGAGAGGGUAAUUGUAAGGACUACCGGCAUGAAAAUCAGUGCACCUAAACUGCGCAAUAUCAAUGAGAUUCGCGAGACCGUCUUCGUGGAUCAAUCCUUGACGCCGCUGAACAAGAUAGGCAAGACAGAGUCUAAGAAUCGGCCGCGCAGCGUCGCCGUCGGCCUCGACGACAGCAACGCCAGGAUACCGAGGACUCACAGUUCCCUCUUAGCAGACCUGAAGGAUCUGGAGAGGUUGAGGAACACUCCGUCGACGCAGAGGAAUUACAAAGGUCCUUUGAGGAUGGAUAAAAUGGAAUCGAAGUCACCAAUGAUUCUUAGUAAAAAAUCCGACAUGCCGACUUCCGCUAAAAUCCGCUCGGACAUCUUUAGGAUUCAGCAAAUGUUCCAAUCGUCAGAUCCUGUGUCCAGAACGGCAAGCAGGAGUAGCAACGACAGAAAGAUCAAGAGCGAGUCAGAAAAGGAGGAGAAAAAGCCUAUUACGGAGAUCAAUAAAACUCGGCUGUUAACGCAGAAACUGCUGGAGGCGUCCAAGAUCAAUCGAGAAUCUUUGAAGGAACGUUGUAACAAUUCGAAGAGCUUGUCCAAUAAAACAAUAAACAAGGACGCGAACGGAAAGGUCUCGAAGAUAUUGCCGGAGAAAAUCCCGGAGAAAGAACUGCGGGAGAAGCAAUGGGAGAAAGUGGAGGCGAGUUCGGAGGAUCAGCCGCGUCCUCCCGCUCGCAGGAGGAGGAACUCGAAGAAUCGGGGGUGGAAGGACGCAAGUUACUCGGACGAGUGCUCGCAGGAGGAUCGAAGUGUCCGCGAUCGCGAUCGCGAUCGCGGGGAGGACUCGUCGAACGGCGCGAGUGCGGAAGAGAAUUCCAAGGCCAGUUCUAAUCUGGAAAGACCGGAUAUUCUGGACGGGCUCGUGAAAGAGUCUGACCAGCAGCUGGCAGACUUGAGGAGUGAUCUCGGCGAGAGGGGCCGCUCGCGGAGUCACUGGCGAGGUUUCGUGCAAUCCAUGAGGCUGCAUGACGUGGAGCUCCAUUCGGACAGCGAGGACCAAAGGAAGGAUUUGAAUCUGUGGAACAAGAGCAUCAGCCAGCGUUGGCGGAAGCUGCGAAGACGAUGCUCCAUCCAGGAGUCGUCGGAGCCGCAGGAAGCGCUGAUACAGGGUGGAACGAAUCAUGGUGUUAUACAAGCGGUGAGAUCGACACCGGCCAGCAGAGAAGCCUCGCCGGCGGCGAAGAGUCUUCAGGAUGGCAACUCGCCGAAAAAACUGCUGCAAACUAGUUCCCUGAGGUUGCCAGGCACAACGAAGGGCAUCGCCGACAUCCAGCAUGUGCUCCGCAGUAAGUUCAGCAAGAUAAACGCGGGCAUCAGGAAGCGGAAGGCCCUCAGCGUGACGGAAGUGUUUCCGCCGCAGAAGGACAACGCGUCCAGCUUUUACGUGCCAAGUCCGCUCACCUCGUCGUCCAGUCAGACCUUCGAGGAGAACUACGACUCGAACGAGCCUACGUCUCUUCCGCCUUAUCCUUUCCACGACAACCUCGAGACCCUGGCGGAGGGCAGUGUACCGAACUCCCCGCAUUGUACCAGCCCGUUAAACAGCAACGGCGACACUUUCACUUAUUCCCAAGAGGCCUACGAACAGAAGGAUCUCUACGAGAACGUAGCGUUCUCCAGGCCCACGCCGUCUUGUCCCAGGACUCGUCCUGUGCUCCAACGCAGCAACUCGGAGAAUCGUGCCGACGCCAGUGUGCACGAUCACUCUUACGAAAACGUACGCUUUCAGCGAGGCGGUCAGCGUGACGACUUGGUAACUUCCGCCAGCCCUUACGUGGGUAGGCACCUUGGCAGGAGUAAUUCUGAGACCAGGGAGCACUCGUACGAGAACGUGCACUUCCAGAAAAACGCGAAGACCAAGAACCAGUCGGCACCGUCGUUCGAGGAGAUACACAUACCCAGGGUAACAUCUAGAAAGCGGUCCGAGUUUAAGCUCGGCGGACAAGUAAAUAAUUACUCGACCGAGGCUACGUUGGUUGUUGGCGGUAAGGAGGAUGGACCAUCCAGUCUGGGUAUAGACAGAAGUCCCGGCAAGAGGACGACGAAGAGGCUCAACAGCAGGAGCGUCGCGAAUAUUCCUAGCUCUUCGGGAGCGAACUUGAAGACUUGGCAAGGUACACAAGACGCGGAUGAAGGUCUGAACACGGACUCGGAGCUCGAGGAUAUUGACGAGGCCGCCGAGGGCGAGGAAUCACGUUUCUGUACCUUGCCAAGACCCGGUAAGAGCGGCGCAUCCUUCACGAUACUGACUGCCAGAUUUCUCAAGGGUCCUGGGCACAAGGGACUCGGCUUCAGUAUCGUCGGCGGUACCGACAGUCCUCGAGGGAACAUGGGGAUUUACGUGAAAACCGUUUUCCCUAAUGGUCAAGCCGCUGACUUAGGGACUGUUAAAGAAGGGGACGAAAUUUUGUCGAUAAAUUCGAAACCUCUUCACGGUAUGACCCACGCCGAGGCGAUCGCCGAAUUCAAGUCUGUGAAGGCUGGAGACGUCGUACUGCACGUGGGACGUCGCGUGAACAGGAAGAAAAGGGAAUCCUUGACCCUGGCGCCGGUAAAUCCCGUUCCGAGACAAUCCGUCAAGUGAAUUCGCCGUUUUGUCGAGUUAACGUCGAAUCUCGGACUUCUUCCGCAAACUCGAUCUUCCACACUACUCAAAGAUUCACCGUUCAGCAAUAUCGAUUAUUAUUGCUAUCAAUGGUUCGCGUGAGAUCGCAACAGACAGUGUGCAGAGACAGUGUGAGGUUUUUGAUUGUCUUAACCCUCGAUUCGUGAGACGAAAUUACAUAAAAUUUUGACCUUAAAUUGUGUUAACUUUCUUCCUACAUUUUUUGUAAGUAGUUUAUUUUUUUUUAUUAAAGAAGUUAAGGUUACAUGUGUAAAAAUUGAUGCAUUUAAGAAGAUAUUUUAUAGACAAGGCGAUUAUUCAUAAGUUCUAGUACGUAUGAUCAAUACGUUUCAUUACGAUUCUUAUACUUUCGUAUGAUAUGAGAAAGAGAGAGAGAGAAAGACAGAGGAUCCGUUCUUUUUUACCGGCACAUUAUAUACAUUUUUUCCUUUUCUAUACUUGCUACAUAUCUUACUUGCCGCGUGUUAAACACACAAAGUGUAACACACGCGUUAUAUCUAGAAAGAACAAAUCUACAUUCGUGUCACGGCUUCAGGGUUAAGUUUACAGGCGAGACGAGAAAGGUACUGUGUGCGCGCGUGUUUGCGUGUCUUGCAUGGCAUUUCACUUUCACAUAUUCGGAUCCUGCCAGGACAACGAGAAAUGCUUACAAUUACCAGCCAGGGGAUUAUCAGGAAUGAGCGUUUUCUUACGUCAUCGAAUUAAGAAGAGUGCAAAAUUGUCGACAGCUCUUCUCACGAAAGCAUGCGAAAAGAGUGAGUCAGUGAUAAGCAACGUCUCACGCCGAUCUAACAAUCAUAAUCAAACGGUGAGGCGGAUGCUGUCGAAUCAAAACGCGUUUUAACCGUAUAACGCGGUCGAUCCGCUCGCUAUAUCGAACAUUAAUAUUUAUCGAUAACCCGUAAUCAUUAUCUAAUACUACGUAAAAUUACUACACUGCGAGAAAGAAUACCUAAAAAUAAAAAAAUAUUCAGUGGAUACUGACAUAUUUACUUAUCCUAAUAUAUAUACUUUCAUAAUGAGACAAUUUUUUUCAACACACACAAGAUAUGCAUUUUCUUUACAUACACCGUUUUAAUGAGAAAGUAAUUGUUUAUCCUACUUAAAUAAAAGAAUUUAGAUUUCGACUAGGAUAUGGAAUUAGAUAAGUAAAUUUGUCGUCAGCACUCACCGAAUUAAUAUUUUUUAUUUUCUUCUCUCAGUGUAGGAGUAUCGGUGCAACGGAGGAUCGUUCAAGCUUUCGACCCGACUGCAUUUUCCCACUUUGUUUUCACGCGAAUAUAUAAAUUCUGAAGCGAAUUAAUGAAUUAGAUGAUUUGAGAAAAAUUCGGCUAAUAUUGGAGACAUAAUUACUUCGC